GUAACACGGAAUGCGUAUCGUUACAGCAUCAAAAGGGUGUUCCGGCUCCCAGCUAUUUAACCCCUGCUCAGUGUGCCAGAGCCAGACACUGGGCGGGGUCGGUGAGUGUAUGGGGCUGGGUCAUUAUCAUUCUGAUUGGUGGAUGGCUGGACGCUGUGCCAGCAUGAGUAGGCAACUUGGCCGCGGAUUCGGGAGUGUACACAACAGAUCAGCAGUGAGUGAGAGUGUCAGCCGUGUCGCUGAGUGGACUCCUUCCAGGUGGGAAGAAGACAGAAGUCUUUGUAUAGUUCCUGACCAAGAAACACAGAAUGGAGGAGGGGAUAUUCACUUAUGAGUUGUGCAAAGAAUCGGAUAUGAAAGAUGGCGAGAUGCGGGAGUUUGAGGUUCACGGAUACCCUGUUCUCGUAGUUAGGAGUAAUGGAGCUUUCAGUGCUGUGGGCAGCAAGUGUUCUCAUUAUGGAGCACCACUAAGCAAAGGUGUCCUGGAGGGUGAUCGAGUUCGAUGCCCUUGGCAUGGUGCCUGCUUCAAUAUCAAGACAGGAGACAUUGAAGAAUAUCCCGGACUUGAUAGUCUACCCUGUUUCAAGGUGACGGUGGAGAAAGGCGCAGUGUGCAUUGUCACUAGCGAGCAGGCGCUGCAGACCGUGAAAAGGGUGAAAUGCAUGAGCAGGCGCUCCGCUGGGAAUAGAAGCACUGCCGCUCUUAUUGGAACAGGCCCCGCUGCGCUGGUGUGUGCUGAAACUCUGCGGCAGGAAGGGUACACGGGCAGGAUUGUGAUGGUGACAAGAGAGAAGCACGUCCCCUACGACAGGACAAAGCUCAGCAAGGUAAUGAAUGCAAAAGCCACAGAUCUUUACCUUCGGCCACCAGAAUUUUUCCUGGAGCAUGGCAUCGAAGUCUGGACAGAGAAAGAGGUGGUUUCUGUCAAUACAGAUGAAGCUAAGAUCAAGUUUAGAGAUGGGUCUUUUCUUCUGUACAGUCAGCUUCUGAUAGCUACUGGAAGCAGACCAAGGGGACUGUGUUGCCCUGGCUCCAAUUUAAAAAAUGUUUUCCUGCUGCGUACCCCAGAAGAUGCCAACGCAAUCAGUGAAACGGCCAUGAAUCGAAAUGUGGUGAUCAUGGGCUCCUCAUUUAUUGGGAUGGAGGUGGCAGCAUUCCUUUCUGACAAAGCCAGCUCUGUGUCUAUAAUUGGCAAGUCUGCUUUCCCGUUCCAGGCAGUUUUGGGACCUCAAGUAGGAGAGGCGGCCAUGAAGUUGCUGCAGGAACGAGGUGUAAAAUUUUAUAUGAAUACAGAGGCCAAAGAGAUCAGGGGAGACGAUACACAGGUGAAAGAGGUGAUUUUGAAGAAUGGAUCCAAGAUUCCCGCCGAUGUCGUCGUUGCUGGAAUAGGUGUCACUCCUGUAUCUAAUUUCCUGAAAGGCAGUAGAGUUGCUGUGGAUACUAGAGGAGCCAUCUAUGUGGAUCAGUAUAUGCAGACCAGUGUCCCCAAUGUCUUUGCAGCCGGGGAUGUCGUAUCAUUUCCGCUGCCCAUGCUAGGAGGACACAGAGCCAACAUUGGUCACUGGCAGAUGGCGCACUCUCAUGGCCGGAUAGCUGCUCUCAACAUGCUGAAUAAACAGACCCCUGUGAAUUCUGUUCCCUUUUUUUGGACAUCUCUGCUGGGCAAGAGCAUCCGAUAUGCAGGUUUUGGGGAAGGAUACACUGAAAUUAUAAUGAAGGGAAAACCACCUCCCCCGGUACAGUCACGAUUUGGAGGCUCUGUCCCGCUGAGCUCUACCUCUGUUCCAUGGAAUUCGGGAUUCAGAAUCCUGCGGGUCCUGAUCGUGUUCUCUGGUGCCUGGGUCACCAGAAAACGACUACUGGACAUGCUCAGCAUUGUACGCAUGCGCAGUAACACUGCCAGCUUCAGUGACAGCACUAGCGCGCAUGCGCGGUAA